CUCCAAGUGACGGACUAGCACCUACAAUUUCUUGACUCACAUUGUUCCUUGUUGACUCACAGAUCCGACAAUUCGACAAUCCUUCCACUCAACGAGGGUCCUUUAUAACGGCGCAUUUCACUCGUUCCGAAGCUCUACUUCCGUUCCAUUCUCUCUCUGUCACAUAUACCCAGCAUCGACUGCCCACCAUGCCAAAGGUCCACCUCUUGGACUACGUCGCGGGCAACGUUCGCAGCCUGGUGAACGCCAUCGAGAAGGUCGGCUACGAGGUCGAGUGGAUUAGGAAACCCGAAGAUGUUCCCUCGGCAGAAAAAUUGAUCUUGCCGGGCGUCGGCCACUUCGGCCACUGCCUCUCCCAACUCUCCCAGGCCGGCUUCCUCCCCGCCAUCUCCGCCCACGUUGCCUCUGGCAAGCCCUUCAUGGGCAUCUGCGUCGGCUUGCAGGCCAUCUUCGAGGGCUCCGCCGAGGACCCCGACGUCGCCGGCCUCGGCAUCGCAAAGGGCCGCCUCAACCGCUUCGACUCCUCCGACAAGUCCGUCCCCCACAUCGGCUGGAACGGCGCCAACACCGCCGGCGCGAACCUCUACGACCUCCGCCCGGACUCCAAGUACUACUACGUCCAUACCUACAAGUACCCCUACACCCCGGGAGACCUCGAGGCCCAGGGCUGGACCGUCGCCACGGGCACCUACGGCGGCGAGACCUUUGUCGGCGCCCUCGCGCGCGGCAACGUCUUCGCCACCCAGUUCCACCCGGAGAAGUCGGGCGCCGCCGGCCUGCGCUGCCUCCGCGCCUUCCUCGAUGGCUCCGGCGCAGCUGCCCUGGCCGCCAACCCCCCGGCCCCCGUCACCGACAAGGCGGCGGCCCCCUUCCACGACGGCCUGACGCGCCGCGUCAUCGCCUGCCUCGACGUGCGCGCAAACGACCAGGGCGACCUCGUCGUCACAAAGGGCGACCAGUACGACGUGCGCGACAAGGCCGAGGGCGGCGACGUGCGCAACCUCGGCAAGCCCGUCGAGAUGGCGCGGCGCUACUACGAGCAGGGCGCCGACGAGGUCACUUUCCUCAACAUCACCAGCUUCCGCGACUGCCCGCUCGCCGACGCGCCCAUGCUCGAGGUUCUCCGCCGCACCUCUGAGACCGUCUUCGUGCCCCUGACCGUCGGCGGCGGCAUCCGCGACACAGUCGACAUGGACGGCACCAAGGUCUCGGCCCUCGAGAUCGCCACCAUGUACUUCAAGUCCGGCGCCGACAAGGUCUCGAUCGGCUCCGACGCCGUCCUCGCCGCCGAGGAGUACCAUGCCGCCGGCCGCCGCCUCUUCGGCAACACGGCCAUCGAGCAGAUCUCCAAGGCCUACGGCAACCAGGCCGUCGUCGUCUCCGUCGACCCGAAGCGCGUCUACGUGCCCAAGCCCGACGCGACGCGGCACAACAUCAUCCAGACUCGGACGCCCGGCCCCAAGGGCGAGGAGUACUGCUGGUACGCCUGCACCAUCAAGGGCGGCCGCGAGACGCGCGACAUGGACGUCGUCGAGCUCGCGCAGGCCGUCGAGGCCAUGGGCACCGGCGAGAUCCUGCUCAACUGCAUCGACCGCGACGGCACCAACAGCGGCUUCGACCUCGAGCUCAUCCGCCAGGUCAAGGCCGCCGUCGGCAUCCCCGUCAUCGCUUCCAGCGGCGCGGGGCACCCAGCGCACUUUGAGGAGGUAUUCGCCGAGACGACGACCGACGCCGCGCUCGGCGCGGGCAUGUUCCACCGCGGCGAGUACACGGUGAAGCAGGUCAAGGAUUUCCUGCGCGAGAGGGGGCUCGAGGUGAGGCAGUUUGAGGAGAGCAUAUAGC